AUGUAUAGGAAUGUGAAGGUCCAAAUUGGUCAAAUUGCUAGUUCUUUGAACAAUCGAAAUCAAGGAGAAUUACCUAACAAAAUGGAGGUUAACCCUAAAGAGCAUGUCAAGGCCGUUACUCUUCGUAGUGGUAAACAAUUAAAGGAUCCUCCAGUGAGUGAAGGUACUAUUAUUGAUGUUAAAAAUGGCAAGCUUAAGUUCCAAGUAAGUGAAGAAGAGAAAUGUGAGGAGACAAAUCUUGUACUAAAUUGGGAGAAAUGCUAUUCUAUGGUAAAAGAAGGAAUUGUUUUAGGACACAAGAUUUUCUCUAAGGGAAUUGAGGUGGAUAAAGCAAAAAUUGAAGUCAUCGAGCAAUUGCCACCUCCAAGCAAUGUCAAGGGGAUAAGGAGUUUUCUGGGACAUGCCAGCUUUUAUAGACGCUUUAUUAAGGAUUUUUCUAAAAUAGCAAAGCCGUUGUGUGAUUUAUUAUGUAAAGAUACCCCUUCUCAAUUUAAUGAUAAUUGUUUGGUUGCUUUUGAAAGGUUGAAGUAG